AUGAGCACAACCCCUCAGAUCCCCAACCCGGCUCAUACGCUCGCGGAUUCAAUGUUGUCCCGACACUUCGGCAAAGAGACGGUCAAUUACUUCUCCAGCUCUCCAAUCAAUCGUCUGUCGUUCUUGCGCUCCGACCACCCGUUCCUGUCAACAGCCCUGAAGCACCCUUCGGCCCGGUUUGUUUUGUUGAACAACCUAGCACCCUUGACUCCGUCGCCGGCACAGCUACACUAUGCCAAGUAUGAAGAUGUGCGCAGGCUUGUACCCCAGGAUAUCUUCGAUACUUCCGAGGAAGAUAUGAUCAAGAACUAUGACUCGCGCAAGACACACCCGACCCUUAUAUUCCUCGGAUUGGACGAGAGUCGCAAGGAAGGGGGCUUCGAUGUGACCCCUAGGGGCGCCGAAGAGCAGCAGGUUGCAGCGAAGGAUGUGAUCGGUGCCAUGGAGGAGAAGGGACUGUCUUUCUUCCAGGCGCGAGUUGUCAUGUCCUUUUCCGCAGAUGAAGCUGCUAUCUACGCACAGGCACGUGCGCUGAUGGAUUGGAACACUCGCAACAUCUUCUGUGGCACAUGUGGCCACCGGACUUUGGCCGUGAAUGCAGGAACCAAGCGUGCCUGUCCGCCGACAGAUGUUGCACGAGCAACCGAGGCCAAGACGGAAGAGCGUCCGGAGUGCAAUACCCGUACUACGCUAUCAAACCUUUGCUUCCCCCGUACCGAUCCGACUAUCAUCGUGGCAGUGGUCUCCGCCGACGGCAAGCGGAUCCUGCUUGGGCGCUCUAAGCGGUUCCCGCCAGGGUGGUAUUCCACUUUGGCUGGGUUUAUUGAGCCAGCCGAGUCAAUUGAGGAUGCUGUGCGGAGAGAGGUGUGGGAGGAAUCAGGUGUCACUUUGUCCCGCGUUGUUAUCCACUCCUCGCAGCCUUGGCCGUAUCCGGCCAAUCUGAUGAUUGGUGCUAUUGCCCAGGUCAGUGACCCUUCUCAUGAGACUAUCUCUUUACAGCACGAUCCUGAGUUGGAGGAUGCGCGGUGGUUUGAGAUUGAAGAGGUGGAGGAGGCGCUGCGCAUUGGUACAAGUGACUUGAGCGCCCAGGCUGGUCCGGAAUACAAGGGCGGCUUGCGAUUGCCCCCUCCUACGGCCAUUGCCAAUCAGUUGAUCAAGGCUGCUGUGAGCGCGGAAUAUUUUGCGGCAGAGAAGCAGUCUAAGAUGUAA